AUGAAUGGAAUUGGUCACAUCUCAGUUUACUUGGCAAUUGUUGAUACUGCAAAGUAUACUCCUGGCUGGGAAGUUAAUAUGCUGAUGGGGCAAUUAGAAGAUUCCAUGAUAGAAGAUUUGAUGAUAUCAAAAAUGAAUGGGGCUUUCACAAAUUUCUAUCCCUUGAAUAUUUCAAAGAUCGUUCUCAAGGAUACCUUAUCAAUGAUUAUUGCGUAUUUGAAUCCUUGUAGGACGUUAUUGGUUUAUCCCAAAGGAAUUUAUAAUGGAGAAAUCAAAGCGAUAUCGCUCUUCCUCUUUUCUUGUGAUUGUGUUUUACCUGAGCACAAUUUUUUUGCAGAAUUCAAGAUACGUAUAAAGGACCAAGUUAACAAUGCUCACGUAGAAAAAACAGAUAAACAUUGGUUCACUACCUCUUCGACUGAAUGGCGUUUCCCACACUUUAUGCCUCUUAAGGAUCUCCAAGAUGCAUCCAAGGGACUUCUUAUGAAUGAUGCUUUAAUUAUAGAAGGAGAAAUAAUAGUUAUGUCUAAUGUUAAGUGA